AUGGUCGUCUCCAAGCCCGCCUCGAAGGCGUCCUCGGUCGCAGGCGAUAAGGGGAGUCAAUCUGCCUCGAAAGCCCCCUCAGUCGCAGGGGAUAAUGGACGAGCUGGCUUGAGCCUCACCAAAUCUGGAGUCAACAACCCCAAUCCCAUCCAGCAUGGCAGUAUGGGCCAGGCAGAGCGUGCCUUCAGCGCCGCAUCGACGUUCUUAUCCGGUGUCAUGGCCAUAUCAGCAUCGCAGUUCAUCGGAGCGCCGCUUAAACUGGUGGAUCCGAAGUUCUACGACCACUACAUGGCAUGGACCAAGGAGUCGUUCGCUGUGCUCAUGACGACGAUUACGCAAUGGUGGGCGCCGACCGUUGUGAGGGUGAGCGGCGACGAGAGCAUGAAAGGGCAGCUGUACCAGAUGGACGACGGCAGUCUGAAGUGCAACUUUCCGCAUCGGAUGGUACUAAUGGCCAACCAUCAACUCUACACGGACUGGCUGUAUCUCUGGUGGAUCGCCUACACCAACAAGAUGCAUGGCCGCAUCUAUAUCAUCCUGAAGGAGAGCUUGAAGCAGCUACCGAUCUUUGGCUGGGGGGCACAGUUCUACAACUUCAUCUUCCUCAGCAGGAAGUGGGAGACUGACAAGAUCCGCUUCAAGAGCGCUCUCAACCAUCUCAAGAAUCCCAAGGAUCCAAUGUGGCUGCUCAUCUUCCCCGAAGGCACGAAUCUGUCAUCCUCCACGAGGGAGAAGUCUGCUUCAUGGGCGAAGAAAGCUGGCGUGCCGGAUAUGAAGAACACGCUGCUGCCUCGAAAGACCGGUCUUCAGUUCUGCUUGCAGGAGCUCAAGUCGACGACCAACUGGCUGUACGAUUGCACUAUCGCAUACGAAGGUGUACCGAAAGGUCAAUACGGCCAGGACAUCUUCACCCUCCGCUCCUCCUUUUUCGAAGGCCGGCCACCCAAGUCGGUCAACAUGUUCUGGCGACGCUUCAAGAUCUCGGACAUCCCCGUGGACAACGACGAUGCGUUCGAGCGAUGGCUGAUCAACAGAUGGCGCGAGAAGGACUACAUCCUGGAAUACUUCUACAAGUUCAAUCAGUUCCCCGCAGACGAUGCCGUCAAAGCACUAGCAGCUGCUGAAGGGAAGCGGAAGCCGAAUCACUCAAAGAUGAUCGGGACGGAAGUCAAAGGCGGCGGAUGGGACGAGUUUCUGAGCAUUUUCGGACCCAUCACCACCGCCGCAGGGGCGCUCUCGAGUGUCGACAUGACCAACCCCGCAAGCUUUGAUGAAAUCAUGGCUCAAGUGGCCAAGCAGCAGCAGCUCAACUUGCUCAACAUCGGCAAGGCGCCACUCGGACCGGCAAGUCAGACGUACGUCCGCAACGCACUGAAAGCCGCUCAGCAGUCUGCAGCGCUACCUGCGCCGGUCUUGAACUAUCUCAUGAAGCAGACGCCGCAGACGCAGGAAGAGAUGAAGAGCGCCAUCGUCGACUCCGCACAGAAGUCAGGCAAUCCCAAUAUCGCAAAGAGGGCUGCACAGGCACCUGCAACCAAGCAGGCACUCUCGGCACAGUCCCAGAAAGAGAUCGAUGACGCGACCAAGCAAGCGCAGAAGUCCAUCUCGAAGGCUACGGGGCCGAAGAAGAACAAUGUCGCAAACCCUGGACCAAGCAUAUCGAAAGCCAUGCCCAUGGCCAACAUGAACGCCGUCGUUACUCGUCCUCUGAGCACGAUGGCCAUGCAAACAGCUGGCGCAUCGCUCAGGAACGCAGCAGCACAGCGUACGAAGGAGAAGGGUGCUGCGCUUCCUGGGCAGACGGCUGCGGCAAAGAAGCAGACAGGUGCUGGCACAAAGGCUACAAGUGUUGCUUCGGGUCCUGCUGCGAAGAAGCCGCCGGCAUUGAAGGCUGGUGGCCCGGCGGCGGCGAGGAGGCAGAGCGUUGCGAGUGUGCCGGCUGCCACGAAGAAGCCAGCAGCUGCUCAUAAGCCGGUGGGGACGCAGAAGUAUAAUUAUGCUGCGAGUGCGAAGGGGUAG